AACAAUGCCAAAAAAGUGUUUGGUACUUGGUAGUGUUUUUGCAUAAGCAUUUCUGUAAUUUUCUGCAGAAAGAAUGGAACCUCGUUGCCAGUUCAGAAUUUUUUUUUGGCCUGCUGCAAUCUGGCUGCUCUUGAGCCCACAGAGCUGUACAGCCCGGUCCUCCCUCCGCAAUUCCACAUCCCUGGCUCGAGACAGAUACGAAUCGUACGAUGGUGGAGACCAAUCCCGCCGCGCCUAUUCCGGCUGGCAGCGGGAAGAGCAGCCGCUGACCUUGACCUGCCCGGCGCCGCCCAUCAUCCCCGCCUGCCCCAAUCCGCCGUCCCCGCCGGCCUGCCCGGAAGUGACCUGUUCUUCCGUCAGCUGUCCGCCCUGUCCGCCGGCGGGCAACUGUCCCGCUGCGCCGGCUUGCCCCGAAGCACCCCCGUCACCUGUCAAGCCCCGCCUGCCUGUCCGACCCCGCCUGCCUGUCCGACCCCGCCUGCCUGUCCGACCCCGCCGGCCUGUCCGACCCCGCCGGCCUGUCCAACACCGCCGGCUUGUCCAGCCCCGCCUGCCUGUCCGACCCCGCCUGCGUGUCCGACGAUUCCGGCCUGCCCGGCCUGCCCGCCCUGCCCCGUCACCCUUCCCGGCGGCGGCAGCUGCACAGCGGGCGGCUGCGCAGUGCCCUUCGUGUCCACCGCCACCAUGUGCAGAACGACGGGCAGCCUGUACGUGGGCGCACGCAACAGCUUCUACUUCAGAACGCUCGGCCUGCCUGGCAAGUUCACGUCCAGUUCCGAUAUCUGCCACCUGCAGUUUGUCAGCGACCCGGGAACGCGUAUUAAGUUUACUACCAAAUUCUUCUACAUCAGACAGGGUAGUACCGCCUUGGUCUGCGAUUUCGACUACGUGGCGAUCAACAGUGUUAAAUACUGCAACCCGCCGACCACCAGUGCCAACAACAUCAAUGCGCCCGCUACCAUCACGACAAGCGGCAAUGUUGCGAAUGUGGACUUUGCCCAUCUCUACGAAAUGAAUUACCCCACUUACGCCGGGUUCCUCUUCAUCGUCACCCAGUGUACAGGGAUCGGAUGUUAGCAGAUCUUAAUAGUGUUGCUUUAAUGCGAGGUAACGCUGCUUGUAUUCAGGAAUCGGUUUGUAUCGGUAAGA